AUGUGUGAUCAACAAUUGGGAAGUUUAAUAAAAUGGCUAGAUACAUUUGAUUUAGAAUCAGUUCACUCAACACCAGAGGAAAUAAACGAUGGUGUCGCUCUCGCUGAGGCUCUAUCGCAAAUUGCUCCCGAAUGGUUUACAGCUGGUUGGCGGGCAAAAAUAAAAACUGACGUCGGUACAAAUUGGCGUUUAAAAGUGAGUAAUUUAAAGAAAAUUGUCGAAGCCGUCACUGAAUAUUAUGUGGAAUGUUUAAAUCAACAACUCAUUGGUUACGUGAAACCAGAUGCGACAAAAAUUGGCGAACAAUGCGAUACGAAAGAAUUACGACGUUUAUUGCAAUUAAUUCUCGGCUGUGCCGUUAAUUGUAAUCAAAAGCAACAUUACAUCACACGAAUAAUGGGUCUUGAGGAAAUUGUUCAACAAGUUAUAAUGCAAAGUAUUCAAGAAUUGGAAGAGAGUAUGCAUGGACCACGAUUAAGUUUAGGGGCGAGUUUAAAUUUUGAAACAUUUGACAUUGGCGAUGGGGCACAACAAAGAUUAUUGGCCGAACUUCAAAUGGCUGUUGAUUCCAGGGAUCAGUUGGCGCAAAGAUGUCAUGAAUUAGAUCAACAAUUGUCAUUGUUACAAGAGGAAAAAGCGUCAUUGUGCACGGAGAAUAAGAAAAUGCAGGAGAGACUCGAUGAACUUGAAAGUCCCGGCGAAAUGGGAGCGAGUUUAAAAUAUUCUAGUUUACGAAAGCAAGUCGAGGCUCUUAAGGACGAAAUGUUUAAAUUAGAAACAUCAAGGGACGAUUAUCGGUUGAAAAUGGAAUUACUGGAGAAAGAGGUCCUGGAAUUGCAAUCAAAACAAGAAGAUUUGCAAAAGUCGGCGGAUGAAGCGAAUCACUUAAAAGACGAGGUCGACGUUCUAAGAGAAACAGCGGACAAGGUUACAAAAUACGAGCAAACAAUUGAGUCCUACAAGAAGAAAAUGGAAGAUUUAAGUGAUUUACGAAGACAAGUGAAAAUUCUCGAAGAGAAAAAUAUGGAAAAUCUCCAAUCGAAAAUCGAUUACGAAGAAGAAGUGAAACGAAAUACAAUGUUGAAGAAUCAUUUAGACAUGUGUAAGCAGCAAUUGGCCGAAAUGCACAGAAAAUUAGAUGAACAUAGUAAUAAAUCCGAUAAACUUGAAUUUGAAAUGAGAAAAAAUGAUGCCAAAUGCAAUACAAUUCAACGUGAACGUGAUCGUUUAAUAUUGGAACGCGAUGCACUUAAAGAAACCAAUGAGGAAUUAAGAUGUACACAAUUGAACGCAACGGAAAAUCGUGGACAUCCAAAUGACGAUGAUAAUAAUACAAUCGAGGGUAUUCCACUUGAAAUCAAAGAGAAACUUUUACUUCUCCAGCAUGAGAAUAAAAUGCUCAAAUUAAAUUAUAAAGGAACUGAGGAAAAAUUGCCCACAGUUCAAGCACUAUUGGAAGAUUCAGAGGAACGUGUCAAUACACUGAGGGAUCAGAAUCGUAAGGCAAAUCAACGUCUAAUCGAAUUGGAGAAUAAAUUGGAAGAAUUGACGGAAUGUCAAGCGAGUGGUGAGAUGAAAAAUGAAAAUUCUCACUGGCAACAAAAGGUCAAUCAGUUGAUGGAUGAUUUGAGGAAAAUUCAAGUUGAACGUGAACGAUUGGCAUUACAGGUGGAGGAGCGUGAGAGUGCACUUCAAACACAAAAGCAAAAGGUAUUUAGUCUUCAGGAAAAUUUGACCCGUAAAGAAGAGGAUCUCGCUGCAUUGGAGGAGCGCUAUAAAAAGUACAUUGAAAAAGCAAAAAGUGUCAUUAAAAGUCUAGAUCCAAAACAGGGAAAUUCCUCGCCAUCGGAAGUGACAAUAUUGAGAAAUCAAGUAAUGGAGAAGAGAAAAAUAAUCGAGGAAAUGGAACGUUCAUCCAAAGAGAGCAAAUUGCUCAAAGAAAACGAAGAGAAAUUAAUGUUAUCAGCGUUUUAUCGUUUGAGUCUAGCUUGUCAUCGUGAGGCAGUAGAUCAACGUUUAGCAGCUCUAGGCCAAGGUCAAGGUCAGUCCUUCCUCUCUCGACAAAGGCAACCUUCGUCGAGACGAGCUGGAAAUCCAGCCUACAAUUCUAAAUGAAUUUUAAAAAAAAGUCUUUUUGACAAAUUAUUUUUUUGUCAGUUUAUAUUCUAAUGAUCUUGCCUUUUCCUAGAAUUAGGAAUUUUUACCUAUAAGUAACUUCCGCACUUAUUUUUAACAAUAUGUAAGUCUAAAAGUGGUUUUUUUCAAAAGCGAACAUAUUUUCGUUUAAAAAAAUUUUAUUUAAUUUUCAUUCUAA